AUGGGCUCCUUCACCCCCAGCCCGCCCGCCCUCCAAACCCCCUUCACCAGCCCCGCCCUCUCCCUCACCCACCGCGUGGUCCUCGCCCCGAUGACCCGCAUGCGCGCCUCCAACACCACAGGCCUGAUCAACCCCACGGCAGCAACCUACUACGCCGAACGCACGACUCAGCCCGGUGCCCUCCUCAUCUCCGAGGGGACAACCAUCCACCCGCGGGGGAAGGGCUUCCCGCGCACGCCAGGCCUGUGGACGGACGCGCACGCCCAAGCCUGGGAACCCAUCACGGACGCCGUGCACGCCCGCGGCGGGACCUUUUUCGCGCAGCUGUGGCACGUCGGCCGCGUCGCCGUCCCCAGUCUAUCCGACGGCCAGCCACCGUUGAGUUCCACGACUGCACAUCUCCCGGGGUAUCAUGUCUCGUUUGGAGCGGGGCCCGAGGAAGCGGAGAGAGAAGCUUACGUUCCCUCGCAUGCGAUGACCGUCUCGGAAAUCAAAGAGGUGGUGGCACAGUUUGCUGCGGCGGCGCGUCGUGCCAUUGAGAUUGCUGGGUUCGAUGGGGUCGAAAUCCACGCGGCCAAUGGGUACUUGCUUGAUUGCUUUGUGCAUGAUAAUAUCAAUACGCGGGGGGAUGAGUAUGGUGGACCGGCUGUUGAGAAUCGCCUACGAUUCCCGUUGGAGGUGGUGGAUGCGGUGGUGCGCGCGGUGGGGGCGCGGCGGACGGCGGUCCGACUGGCGCCGUUUCAUGUGCUCCAGGGCACCGGGGAUAGUGAUCGGGUGGCUACGUUUGGGGCGUUUGCGGCGGCGCUGGAGGCGAAGGGGCUGGCGUAUGUGCACUUGGUGGAGCCGCGGUAUGAUUUGGGGAGUAAGGAGGGGGCGUUCUCGGGGUGUAUUGCAAGGGAAAAAGUGGAUGGUGAGGGGAUGGGGGACAGGACGAUCUGGCCCUUUCGGAGGAUUCUGAAGACUACACCGGUUAUUGGGGCUGGUGGGUAUGAUGCGGUUUCCGCUGCUCAGGCUAUAGAGGAGGGUCGCAUCGAUCUCGCAGCCUUCGGGCGGUAUUUCACUUCCAAUCCGGAUCUGCCGGAGCGACUAUUUAAGGGACUGCCUUUGACCAAGUACCAUCGACCUACCUUCUACACCUCCGGGGAGGAGGGAUACCUGGGGUGGCCGCAGUGGAGUGAGAAGUAA